ACGCUGUCACAGUUUCACUGCUGCUCUUCACCAUGAUGACUUCUCAGGUCCUCCUGGGGGUGUCCCUCUUUCUCUGGCUGAUUCUGGAUGUUCGUGGAUUCUCUGUGAAAGGAUUGCAAACCCCACACAAGAGGAGCGGUGGCACCAGUGCAGAGGGGAAUGUUGCUUCUCGCAGAGCAGGUUCUGGCUCCAGUGACCCUGCAGGUGUUUUCAUGCAACAGCCUCAGUCUGUGCAGCCUGUGUUUGUCGGUGUGAGCACUCUGCCUGCUGCUGGAUACUCUGCAGGUUCUGUUCCAGCAGGCUACUAUAGUGGUGCUUCCUACAUACCAGGUUCUGCUGCCGGCUCUGCACAGGCUGCAGCUGGUCAGUCUUCCGUCCCAGAAGCAAGGUGGACAAUUGCUCCUCAAGCAUCAAAUGCACAACCCCAGGGUUCCAGUGCCCUUCUGUCUCCUCCUCCACCACCAGGACCCCCUUCAAUGACCCUUCAAUCUGCAGAAACCUCCAAUGUUGUGAAGGAAGCUGAACUUGGGAGCUACCAGCAGCAGAUGGCGGAGUUUGGUUAUCCAGCUGGCCAUAUGGGGCCUGGCCAAAGUCUUCCACUUGUUGCAACACCAAGUCUUGGUGUGGGUGGCUUGUGGGGCUACUCUUCUCCCUACCCCCAUCCAUACUCUUAUCCCUACCCUUACUUUGACUACAGGCUCCUGUAUGGUCUGUACCCUCCUGGCACCUAUACGACAUAUGGCAGAAACCAUGAGAAGGGCACAGACUACUAUAGACCAGCCACUAUCAGAGCGAACAUGGCUCUGAUGCUCCACAAAUGCCCCAGAACACUGGAACUGGCCAGAAGAUGGUUUAACCAGAUGCGGACGUGAUUCUGCAACUGAUGACUGGUCCAGGCAGACGACUUGAAUUAUUCAAUAAAGUCUUCAGAACUAAAGUA